AUGCUACGAUCGACCACUGUUACUCGUUCGUUUCACAGCUCCAGGGCCUGGUUAAAGGGUCAGAACCUGACUGAGAAGAUCGUCCAAUCCUAUGCAGUCAACCUGCCCAAGGGCAAAGUCGUCCAGUCCGGUGACUAUGUCUCUAUCAAACCCGCACACUGUAUGUCCCACGAUAACUCUUGGCCCGUGGCUUUGAAGUUCAUGGGUCUUGGCGCUACCAAGAUUAGAAACCCUUCACAGAUUGUGAACACCCUUGACCACGAUAUCCAGAACAAAUCUGAGAAAAAUUUGACCAAGUACAAGAACAUCGAGAACUUCGCUAAAAAACACCAUGUGGACCACUACCCUGCUGGUAGAGGUAUUGGUCAUCAAAUCAUGAUUGAGGAGGGCUACGCCUUUCCAUUGAACAUGACGGUCGCAUCCGACUCCCAUUCAAACACCUACGGUGGUAUGGGCUCGCUCGGGACCCCCAUCGUGAGAACAGACGCUGCAGCCAUAUGGGCCACCGGUCAAACGUGGUGGCAGAUUCCGCCGGUGGCUAAAGUUGAGUUGAAGGGUCAAUUGCCCCAAGGUGUCUCCGGUAAGGAUAUCAUUGUCGCACUAUGUGGGCUUUUCAACAACGAUCAAGUUCUAAACCACGCCAUUGAAUUCACUGGCGACUCUUUGAAUGCGUUACCCAUCGAUCACAGACUCACUAUAGCCAACAUGACCACCGAGUGGGGGGCCCUUUCUGGUCUGUUCCCCGUUGACGAAACUUUGAUCAACUGGUACAAGAACCGCCUGCAGAAGUUGGGAACCGAUGACCAUCCAAGAAUUAACCCAAAAACCAUCCGCGAACUGGAAGAAAAGGCUAAAGUUGUGAAAGCGGACGAGGAUGCUCACUACGCCAAAAAACUAGUUAUUGAUCUUUCCACGUUAACUCACUACGUCUCAGGCCCCAACAGUGUCAAGGUCUCGAACACCGUGCAGGAUCUAUCUAAACAAGAUGUCAAGAUAAAUAAGGCCUAUUUAGUGUCUUGUACGAACUCCCGUCUGUCUGAUUUGGAAUCUGCCGCCGAGGUGGUUUGCCCCACUGGCGAUUUGAACAAGGUUAACAAGGUCGCUCCGGGCGUGGAAUUCUAUGUAGCUGCUGCCUCAUCAGAGAUUGAGAAAGACGCUCGUAAAUCAGGUGCUUGGGAAAAGCUGCUAAAGGCUGGUUGUAUUCCGCUACCUUCUGGUUGUGGUCCAUGCAUUGGUCUAGGUGCGGGUCUAUUGGAACCAGGCGAAGUCGGUAUCAGUGCUACAAACAGAAAUUUCAAGGGUAGAAUGGGCUCCAAGGAUGCUUUGGCUUACUUGGCCUCUCCCGCUGUGGUCGCUGCUUCUGCUGUGUUGGGUAAGAUCGGUUCCCCUGCUGAAGUGCUAUCCACAAGUGAAAUCCCAUUCAACGGUGUCAAGAUUGAGAUAAUUGAAAAUACUGUUGCUGAAGGAGAAGAUAAAACCGAAGCGGCUGCUCCUAAGCAAUCCGUUGAAAUAUUGGAAGGUUUCCCUAAAGAGAUUUCUGGUGAAUUAGUCCUAUGUGAUGCUGAUAACAUCAACACCGAUGGUAUAUAUCCAGGGAAGUACACUUAUCAAGACGAUGUCCCCAAAGAAAAGAUGGCCGAGGUUUGUAUGGAAAAUUAUGAUGCUGAAUUCAGAACAAAAGUUCAUUCCGGUGAUAUAAUCAUCAGCGGGUUUAAUUUCGGUACUGGUUCCUCCAGAGAACAAGCCGCCACUGCAUUAUUGGCUAAAGGCAUCAAUCUAGUCGUCUCGGGCUCCUUCGGUAAUAUCUUCUCAAGAAAUUCCAUUAACAACGCUCUUUUGACUUUGGAAAUUCCAGCUCUAAUCAAGAAAUUGCGUGAGAAAUACCAAGAUGCCCCUAAGGAACUCACAAGAAGAACUGGCUGGUUUUUGAAAUGGGAUGUAGCCAACGCUAAAGUGGUAGUCACCGAGGGAUCCUCGAAUGGCCCUGUGAUCUUGGAACAAAAAGUGGGUGAGUUAGGUAAAAACCUACAAGAAAUUAUUGUGAAAGGCGGUUUGGAAGGUUGGGUCAAAUCUCAACUAUAA